AUGAUGUUCCUGUUCCUCUUUCUGAUUGUUGAGGUUUCUGCCAUAAUCCCUUCCUUCAAAGUCCCCAGAUCCAACUUCACUCAACACGGAACGGCUUUUCAAUACGAUGACGCUCUCGUCCUGACGGAGAUGCACUGUGCUGUUCACCGGUCAGCAACACAAACCGGCAGAAUUCACCAUGCAAUCCCCAUAAAAUUCCUAGAUCAUUCGUUUCAGCCCUUUAGUUUUUUCUAUUCCAAACUUCAGUUCUCUGUAAACUGUCAACCACGGCAAUGUCCGCCUGGUGACGGCCUGGCUUUGGUAGUUACCUCCGAUUCGUCAUUGUUCGCUUCCGAGUCCAGUGGGAGCUUCGGACUCCCCGCCGAUAAACUUCACGAUUUAUCGUUUGUGGCUUUUGAAUUUGAUACAUCAUAUGAUGAAGUCUUCUCAGAUUUAAACGCAAAUCACGUUGGAGUCAACAUAAAUUCUUUAAUGUCCAUGGCUGCUGUGGAUCUAAACACACAUGGAAUGAAGUUGACCAGUGGCGUACAAAUAACAGCAUGGAUUUCAUAUUCUCAGCCUGAUACCUUAAUUCAGAUUUGGAUGUCGUAUUCAUCUACAAAACCUCACCAUCCUAUUCUAACAGUUCCAGUGGAUCUGUCGACGUACUUUACUGGUUAUAUCUUCGUCGGCUUAACCGCCUCCAAUAGAGGAGGUUCAAGCAGUCAUAUCGUUCAUAGUUGGUAUUUCAAGAGUUCUGAAUCUCCCUACAUCGCCGGAGAAGCUGCGGGGCCGGAAUUUUGUGAUGUUUGUUUUCCAGGUCCUAGAAGGUAUUUGAUAGAUUUCACCAUCACUAAUGUGCUUUUUUUCUUUGGCGUGCCUGCUUUGAUUAUCGUAUCCCGGUCGGUGUGGAGUUACACUCUUCGUCAAGCUAAGAGAGUUAGAGUGAGUUUUGAUGAUGCAGGUCUCUCUCUCUCGCUGGUUUACGAUCAUAAACCACCACAUACUACAUCGGUUGAUUUGAUCUCCUUUUCGAAAGACGGACGAGGAGGAGAAAAGGGUAUGUUUCAAACCCUAAAACAAUUUGAAGGUUACAUGUAUGCCAAGUGUUUGUGAAAAUGCUUAAAUGAAAUACAACUAUUUAAGAUAGCGAAGAAAACAAGCAAAGGUUGAAAAGAGAACGUCCAGAUGACAUACCAACACACAAACCAAUACCUGCUUCUAACAAGUCUAUGGAUGAUCAUCUUUCUCAUUGCAAGAACCAGAGAGCAUAUGAUAAAAGCAGGCUUUGUCGAGGGGAACGAAAAUACAACUCUGAAAAAGUAGUAGAAUGAAAGGGAAAUGAGAUUACAGGGCUGAAAAGAAAAAAGGUCCUAAUCUCCAAUAGCCAUCACUAUCUCUACCAAAAGCAAGGGCCAUGGAAUGCUAACCAGAAAGUUAGUAGUUGAGUCUCUUUGAAUUUUUAGAAGAUAGAUAUUUAUACAAAAAAUGGUGUAUUGAUUGAGAUGAGGGGUAAUUUUGUCUUUCUGUAAUUGGGUGUUUGGUUAUUUCUAUUAAUAACUAUCUGUUAUAUUUAUAGAUAUGUUUGAAGAUUUUUAUGGUGGGCAUUAUUGAUAUAAAAUUUGUGAAAA